UUCCAUACUUGAGGCUAUUUGCAUAUCAUUUAUAAACCAACCAGCCGAAGCUCGAAGCAGAACCAAGAAACAAAGCAAAAAUGAGAACCAAGCCCCACCUCUUCUCUUUCUCUUGUCUGCUUCUAUUCUUCCUCUUCCACCGUUCGGUCCGUUCCCAACUCCCACCAAACAUCACAGGCUACAAUUGCACAGCCAACCAGACCACUUAUCCAUGCCAAACCUAUGCUUUCUACCGAGCCACUGCUCCUGACUUCCUUGACCUGGCUUCCAUUGGGGACCUUUUCCAUGUCAGUCGUCUCAUGAUAUCAGAACCAAGCAAUAUUUCCUCCCCAUCGUCUCCUCUCAUCGCCGAUCAGUCCCUCUUUGUCCCCAUAACAUGUUCGUGCAACCCCACAAACGCAACUUUUGGUAGUCUUUCAGCUGCCAAUCUCACUUACACAAUCAAAGCUGGUGAUACUUUCUAUAUCGUGUCAACCAGUAAUUUUCAAAAUCUUACCACUUACCAGUCUGUUGAAGUUUUCAAUCCUACUUUCGUCCCUACCCAACUUGAAAUAGGUGACAAAAUUGUCUUUCCAAUCUUUUGCAAAUGCCCUAAUGAAACACAGGUGCAAAAUGGAGUGAAUUACCUUGUUUCUUAUGUGUUUCAGCCUUCUGACAACGUAUCAUUAGUUGCUUCAAGGUUUGGAGUUCAAACUCAGGCUAUAACCGAUUUGAAUGGCAAUAACAUUCAGCCCUCUGACACCAUAUUCAUUCCGGUCAAUCGACUACCUGUAUUAUCUCAGCCUGAGGUAGGUCCUGCAGCCUCUCCCGGAAAGACUGAGAGGAAAGGGGUCAUUGUAGGAUUAGCAAUUGGGUUAGGAAUUUGCGGAGUGUUGUUGGUUUUGUCCUUUGUGGUGUUGCAUCAUAGAGAGGUUUUGUCCAAGAGAAGGGAUAUGGAAGAUGCGGAGAGGCAGAAUCUAAAGUUUAAUAGGCCUGGGAUGGGGAUGAAGGGAAUGGAAGUAAAUUUGAUGGCAGAUGUUUCAGAUUGCUUGGAUAAGUACAGGGUGUUCAAAAUUGAAGAACUUAGAGAAGCCACUGAUUACUUUAGUGAGAGUUGCUUGAUUCAAGGAUCUGUGUACAAAGGGUCCAUUCAUGGAGAUAUCUAUGCCAUAAAGAAGAUGAAGUGGAAUGCCUGCGAGGAGCUUAAGAUCUUACAGAAGGUAAACCAUGGAAAUCUGGUGAAGUUGGAGGGCUUCUGCAUAGACCCUGAAGAUACAAAUUGCUAUCUGGUGUACGAGUUCAUUGAAAAUGGCUCUCUUUACUCUUGGCUUCAUGAAAACGAGAAUGAAAAACUAAACUGGAAAACAAGGUUAAGGAUAGCCGUUGAUGUUGCAAAUGGUCUGCAAUAUAUCCAUGAGCAUACAAGGCCACGAGUUGUACAUAAAGACCUCAAAAGCAGCAACAUUCUAUUGGACUCCAACAUGAGGGCCAAAAUCGCCAAUUUUGGACUAGCAAAAUCAGGCUGCAAUGCCAUAACAAUGCACAUUGUUGGCACUCAAGGUUACAUUGCACCUGAGUAUCUAGCAGAUGGGGUGGUCUCAACAAAGAUGGAUGUUUUCUCCUUUGGGGUGGUUUUGCUUGAGCUUAUAUCUGGCAGGGAGGCCAUUGAUCAAGAAGGGAAGCUUCUGCAGGCAAGUGUUAAUGGAAUUUUGGAGGGGAAUGAGGAGAGGAAGGUGAAAAAAGUGAGGGACUGGAUGGAUGGACGUCUACUGGAGGAGUCUUGCUCAAUGGAGAGUGUGAUGAGUGUAAUGGCUGUUGCCAUUGCUUGUUUGAAUAAAGACCCUUCAAGGAGGCCUAGCAUGGUGGAUAUUGUUUAUGCAUUGUCUAAGAGUGAUGAUUUAUUUUUUGAUGUAUCAGAAGAUGGAUUAUCAGCUCCUCCGGUGGUUGCAAGAUAAAUUGCUCAAGGUUAGGGACCUCUUCUGUUGUAAUGUAAUGUUAUACUAAAUCAUUCAGAGUAGUAACACUUUGUAGCAAACUAGCAGUAGCUGUCCAGCACGUCUGAAAAUUGACUCUCCCCAAUAAGUAUGCCUGUAAGGUUGUAGACUUGUAGUAGAUGUGGUUGUACCUUUAUAAACUUUUGAAGAGCAUGAGUUAUAUCACAAUUUAUAAAGUAAAUAAAGGACUGCAAGUUUUUAUUUUGCUUGAGG